AUGAGCUCACGUUCACGUCAAAACACUAUUGAUAAGACUUCACGUUCCAAUAUAAAUCAACGUGGUGGAGCAAUAAAGCGUACUCGUUUAGAUAAUCCUACUUAUACUCCAAUGCCGAGAAAAACUUCGAAAAAAUAUGAUCUUGUUAAUCAUGGUAAAGAUUUGAUUUUUCCUUCACAUAAACCAAUUCCCGAUAGACCAAAUGAUUCAGUGCGACAAGGACAUCAAAAGCAACCAAUCAAAAAGUUAGUUAUUAAAGGUCUAAAAGAUAAACCAAAGCUGCCAGCUAAUUAUGAAGAAGAGACAUGGUCAAAGCUUCGGACAGCAGUUCAAGCUAUCUUUAAUUGUCAACGCAUUGGUACUAGCCUUGAAGAACUUUAUAAAGCUUGUGAGAAUCUUUGUUUGCAUAAAAUGGCUUCGUCGCUUUAUAAUAGAUUAGCGGGUGAGAUCGAAGAACAUUUGAAAGAGGAAAAGACCAAGCUUGUGAGUAAUUUAAAUGAGAACGAUACCUUUCUCAUAGUUGUAAAUAAAUGUUGGAUGGCACAUUGUGAACAAAUGGGUCUUAUCCGAAGUAUAUUUUUAUAUCUUGAUCGAACUUAUGUGCUUCAGACAUCUGGAGUCAUUUCAAUAUGGGAUAAGGGACUUGAAAUUUUCAAAAAACAAAUUAUGUCAUCGUCAGCAGGUGAUAUAAAAAAGAAGACUAUAAAUGGUUUAAUUACAUUCAUCAGACGUGAAAGAAACGGAGAUUCCGUCGACCGUAGUCUUUUGCAUUCCCUUAUUCACAUGUUUAUUGACCUUGGCACUUAUUGUCCUAGUUUUGAAAAUCCAUUUUUGUCGGAAACCCGUAGUUAUUAUCAUCAUGAAGGAUUGCGUCUUAUAAAUGAGUACCCCGUUCCAAGAUAUCUAAAACAUGUAAAGAAACGUUUGAAGGAGGAAAGUGAAAGAAUUUCUCAAUAUUUGGAUUGGAAAACGAAAAAUCCACUAACAAAAGUUGUGGAUGAUGAAUUAAUAAAGAGACAUGUCGAUGCUCUUUUGGAUAAAGGUUUCAAUGACAUGAUGGAAGAUCAACAUUCAGAUGAGCAUAUACAAGAAUUAGGAAGGUUAUACGAUCUUUUAGCUAGAGUCAACGCUCUUGAUCGUCUGCGUCUUUACUUUGGAAGUUAUAUAAAGAAAACUGGUUCUGGAAUAGUUAACAAUAUUGAUCAAGAGUCGACCAUGGUUGAAGAUUUACUUGCGCUGAAGAAAAAAAUGGAUAGUAUUGUCGCCAUAUCAUUUGAUAGAAAUUAUAACUUUGCACAUACUGUAAAAGAGAGUUUUGAAGUGUUCAUCAAUCAACGUCAAAAUAAGCCUGCUGAACUUAUUGCUAAAUACGUCGAUUUGAAACUAAAACUUGGUAAUAAACGUAUGGAUGAUUCAGAAAUCGAAAAGACGUUGGAUGAAGUGCUGGUUUUGUUCAGAUAUAUUCAAGGGAAGGAUAUAUUCGAAGCUUUUUAUAAGCGUGAUCUUGCUAAACGUCUUUUGCUUAACAAAAGUGCAUCAUUCGACUAUGAGAAGAGCAUGUUGUCCAAAUUGAGAAAAGAAUGUGGACCGGCAUUCACGAGCAAACUAGAGGGCAUGUUUAAAGACAUUGAUCUCUCUCGGGAUUUUAUGACUUCUUUUUACCACUCGAGAAUCUCAGAAAAUCUAAGAACAAAUAUAAAAAUUGAUCUUUAUGUUAAUGUACUGACCCAAGGAUUUUGGCCUACAUAUACGCCAGCGCCUCUCAUCCUGCCACCUGUUAUGGCGGAUUGUCAAGAAGUAUUUAAAGAGUUUUAUCUUAGCAAACAUGGAGGUCGAAAUUUAAAGUGGCAAAAUUCUUUAGGUCAUUGCUUAUUAGCAGCAGAGUUUCAAAAAGGUAAUAAGGAAUUAGUAGUAAGCUUAUUCCAAGCAGUAGUGUUAUUGCAGUUUAAUGACUUGAAACAAAAAGAAAAAAUCUCAUACGAGCAUAUUAAAGAACAAACGGGAAUUGAGAAAAAAGAGCUUGAUCGUACAUUACAAUCACUAGCUUGUGGUAAAGUUCGUGUCCUCAAAAAAUUUCCCAAGGGACGUGAUGUGAACACCACUGAUGAAUUUAUCGUGGACGAAAAUUUUGAUGUCAAAUUAAUCCGUAUUAAAGUCAAUGCUAUUCAAAUGAAAGAAACGUUGGAAGAAAAUCAAGAAACUAAUGAGCGUGUCUUCUUGGAUCGUCAAUACCAAGUGGAUGCCGCAUUAGUCCGAAUAAUGAAAAUGCGAAAGACACUUAGUCACAAUGAGUUAAUUUCAGAAUUGUUGUCACAAUUGAAGUUUAAAGCACAGGUAUCAGAUAUUAAGAAACGUGUAGAAUCUCUCAUAGAGCGUGAAUAUUUAGAAAGAGAUACUGAGGAUUCAUCAAUACUUAGAUAUUUGGCUUAA